AGUUUAAAGUAGCAAGUUAAGACAGCUAGCUAGUUAGCUGAUGAAGUAAAAUAUAUUCAUAUACGAUUCAACAACUAAUUCAGAUCCAGUUGUUUAUUGACUUAUCGCCUCGACAAUGAUUCUACACCGUGUCUUUAACUUGACAUUGCUCGUUUUUGCGGUCCUUGUGUCGCUAAGCAACGCUAGAAUACACGGUCUAGUUCUGAAGAAUGAAACACGGUUUGUGGUCCACCUCAACACAUUUGGUUACUUUGCAAAUGGAACUCUGGAAGUCAGACUCAAAUCCCUUUAUCUUCCACAAGAGAAGAAGAGUGAUUAUGCAAACUAUGCUGUGGGCUUCAGCCUGUCCAGGGCACGUGUGAAUGGUGUGUUCUCCUACCCAGCUGAGAACAUGGAUCGGUGCACUCUCUCCAAAACCAAGAGUGACGAUAACCUUAUUCUCUUCAUCAUCGACACACGCAAUCUCAGUGUCCAUGUAACGUCCUUCGGCAAACUGGACGCCAUCUUAAAAUCUGACUUAAAGAAAGAGGAGAAGCAAGUGCGGAAGAGACGGGAAGAUACUGACCCAAAGCCUGGUUCAGAUCAGAGUCCCAGUAAGUCUGUUGGGGGAGACAAAGUUAACAAGAAACCAGAGGAGGUGGAUGAGAAGAGCAAAAUGCCAGUCGCCAGUCAGGUGAACAGCUUGAAUGGAAUGACACUGGCCCUGAAUAAGAAAGAAGAUUACUCCUACAACUUCACAUUUCACAUCACCAUGGGCGACCUUUCCCAAGGCCUGUACAGUCUGGCCUUCCAUAACUGCUACAACAUGAGGCCGGGUAUCCUCAGUCCCUACUCUAUCAGUGUGGAGAUUGAGGAGAAGAAUCCAGCAGGCUUCCUCUCAGCAGCGGAGAUUCCACUACCACGACUGUACAUCUGCAUGGCUGCCAUGUUCCUCUCUGCAGCCAUCAUCUGGACAUGCGCGCUACUGAAAGACAGGUACAGCGUUUUUAAGAUCCACUGGCUGAUGGCAGCUUUGGCCUACACUAAAGCACUGUCACUGGUUUUCCACAGUAUUAACUAUCACUUUAUCAACACAGAGGGACAUCCAAUAGAAGGCUGGGCAGUCAUGUACUACAUUACCCACCUACUGAAGGGGGCGCUACUCUUCAUAACACUGGCUCUUAUUGGGACAGGCUUUGCCUUCGUUAAAUACAUCUUGUCUGACAAGGAGAAGAAAAUCUUCAUGAUUGUCAUCCCUUUGCAGGUGCUGGCUAACGUGGCCUACAUAAUCAUUGAGGAGACAGAGGAGGGGGCAAGCGAGUAUACACUGUGGAGGGAAGUCCUCUUCCUUGUUGAUCUCCUCUGCUGCGGGGCCAUCCUCUUCCCCGUCGUCUGGUCUAUUCGACACCUUCAGGAGGCUUCUAACACAGAUGGCAAAGCUGCAAUGAAUCUGGCCAAGCUGAAGUUGUUCAGACAUUACUAUGUGAUGAUUGUGUGCUACAUCUACUUCACGAGGAUCAUCGCUAUCCUGUUAAAGAUGACCGUACCCUUCCAGUGGCAGUGGUGCCAAGAGUUUCUAAUAGAGGUGUCCACUCUGGUGUUCUUUGUGUUGACGGGCUUCAAGUUCCGCCCGGCCUCCAACAACCCUUAUCUGCAGCUCCCACAGGACGAGGAGGACGUGGAGAUGGAUGAAGUUGUGACAGAAUCUGGAGCAUUAGAGGGCAUCUCUAAGGUGAAGAAAACAUCUAAUGGACGAGAGAGACAGAGAGAGCCAGCCUUGUGAUUAUGAUGUGACAGGGGAAGGAUCUUGGACUGUUAAACUCUCCCCUCGACCAUUCUACCUAUG